GUCCUUUUGUCUGCUUCUCACACUCUUCCCAUCACAGUCGCUGCUACAUCUCAACGACCUAGGUCCCUUCAUCUACACCCCCGCCACCACACUCACCUACCCCGCCGCCACCACCACCACCCACACAACCACAGCGACCAUGGGCUUCGCAUCCUUCGUCCACACCUGUAUCCUGUUCUGCGCGUUCGUGUGCUGUCUCUGGGCGUGCUUGACCGCCCCCGUGCUCCGCUUCAACCGCUUCCUCGACGUCACGACAGCGAGCGCACAGCUCCGCCUCGGCCUCUGGGGCUACUGUGAUAUGAAGACGGGGCAGUGCUCCAAGGUCGGCGUGGGCUACGACCUCACCGCCCUGCUCACGAGCACAACAAACUUCAAGGUCAUCAACGGGUACACGACGCUCACAAAGGGGCUGGUUGUUGUGCCCAUUACUGGAGGCAUCACCUUUGUCGGCUUUGUCAUCUCGGCAUGCUCGCACAAGUUUGGAUACGCGUGCAGCGCGUUCUUGGGCUUGAUCGCCUUCAUCUUCUCGCUCGUCGGGCUCAUUAUCGAAUCGAUCCUGUUCAAGGCCGUGCAGAACGAGCUCCGCAAGCACACGACCGCCACAGUCUCGGGAUACAUGGUCCCCCACUGGCUGCUUGUCGCUGCGACCGUCGGCCUGUUCCUCUGCCCCUUCUUUGGAUUCUACGAGUGCUGUGCCGCCCGCCGCGAGCAGCGCGGCUCCAAGGGACGAUACGUGCCCGUUGACCACGCGGGUGUGCCCCUCGCCCAGUACCCGCAGCCCAUGGGCCGCUACUAAGCGUGCGAGCGUGCGAGCGUGCAGCGCGAGCCCCCGCCGCCGCCGCCGCCCUCGCACCUCUCCUCCAACCUCUAGUGAAUCUUAACGACGACACCUGACCGAAACCAGUUGUGGACAUUUGGGCUCUUUGCCUCUCCUCCUCCUCCGCCUCUCUGAACACUUAGACACGAUCACUGCACAUGACCUAUGUACCGAGAUGAAUGAUAGAGUAUACUGCAAAUCAAUCACGGAGCGUGGAUCUCGGGGCCGGCCCAGUUGCGUCCGCCACCGAGCACAAUCACGUCGCCGUCGACGUAGCUGCCGGCGCGGGAGGCGAGGUAGAUGGCCGUGCCGGCGAUAUCCUCCUCCUCGCCGCCGCGGCGCAGGGGCACGAUGUCGCCCGCCUUGGACAGCUGGCUCUUGCCGUCGUUCGGGUCCUGCAUCUGGCUCGGGAACAGCCCGGGCACGAUGGCAUUCACGCGGACCCCGUGCUCGCGGAACUUGCUCGCCAGCAGCCGCGUGAGGUGGCUCACUGCCGCCUUGGAGGCCUGGUACGCUGGCUGGGAGCUCCGCGGGUCGCUGUUCAGCGCGCCAAUGCUCGAGAUGUUGAUGAUCCGCCCGCUAUGCGAGCUGCUCGCGAGGAGGUGCAGUGCGCUCGCGGAGAGAAAGUACGGCGCCUCGACGUUGGUCGCGAAUGUCGCUGCCCAGGUGUCUGGCGGCGAGGAGAGCAGCGCAGCCUGCAGCUCCGCCACGGGGAGCUUGUGGCU